AUGGGCUUCAUGUCCAAGGCGCAGUGUAGCGAACUGAUGCCCUGCAGAGCAGGGCUUACCUGGGGAGGGAAGCCCUUCAAGCUGAGUUUCUGCAUACAGAGUUGUGCUCUGGAGGAGGGUGCUGAAGUGAGCUCUAGCAGCAAACCUUUUGUCACGGUCAACACUGUGAGCAAACAGAAACAGACGGAGCUGGGCGACUGGCACCAGGAAGAUGGCCGAUGGUGGUUUCGAGAAACCUUGACCAUGGAGGUCACUCCGGAUGAGGAGGUGUGCAUAUCGGUUUCCUGUAACCAGCAGGUCGAUCUUCUGGUUGCCGCCUUGUCGCUAGCAUCAAAGUGUGUUGGCGAGGUCUGCGUACCGGUAGCCUCAGUGCUGCCGCAGCUGCAGGUGGAGGACCGAGAUGUGGAGGGCAUGAUCUACGCGACGCCAAACAUUGGCUUCGACGUGCUGAAAGAAGGCGUCAAGACAGGCCGUGCAUAUCUGUCCUUUGAGACGAAGAAUCCGCCUGCGAAGCAGUCGCUGGGAGGCGAGUCCUGGUGUGCACUCAACAACUAG